AUGGCCCCUGUCCCCUCCCAGCUCCGUGCCCGUCUGGGGGGCUCACACGGAGCUGUGCCCCCGGCCCAGCCCGAGCCCCCACGCCCGUGGCGGGCCCCGCGGUGCCCCCAGCGCAGCGCGCUGCCCCCGGGGGUCCCCGAGAGCGGGGGCAGCAGCCGGGGGGCUCGGGGGCCCGGGACGGGUGUGCGCGGCCCGGGGGGUGCCAGCGUCACCCGUGCCUUUGAUGCGGUGCCAGCGGCUCCACGAGUGGGUGCUCCCGGCCCGGCCCCCGCACCCGCCCCCGCUCGGGCCUAUAAAGGGCUCGGGGUGUCCCUGUCCCGCUCAGCCGGGGCCCUGCGGGAGCUGCGAGGAAGGCUGAGGAUGGGUCCCGCCGCCUUCCUGGGGCUCUGCCUGCUGGGAUGCCUGGUGCUGCCACCCUCCCUGCCGGGGGCUCAGGCCACCAGGUGUCCCCGGGGGUGGCUGUCCUUCGAGGGACACUGCUAUGGCUACUUCGGGCAGCAGCUGAGCUGGAGGAGGGCUGAGGCGUGGUGCCAGGCCACCCGCGGGGGCCACCUGGUGUCGCUGCACAGCCCCGAGGAGCACCGGGCGCUCGCCGCCUUCCUCGCCCGGCGGCCGCGGCGGGGAGAGGACGACGAGGAGGGGGAGAAGGAGCGGGAGAGGGAAAGGGAGAGGGAGAAGGAGGAGAGCGUCUGGAUCGGGCUGCACCGGCGGCGCCAGGGCUGGCUCUGGGCUGACGGGUCCCCGCGGCACUACUGGGCCUGGGAGGGGGACGAUGGCCCCAAGGGACAUCCCUGCAUCGCCCUGGAGGACUCGGCAGGGUUCAUGGCCUGGGAGGGCGAGGCCUGUGGGGAGCGCAAGCCCUUCAUCUGCAAAUACCCGGCCUAGGGGGCCAGGGGCCCGCGACCCCCACCCCUGUGCAGCCCCCCGACUCUGGGGCCUGACCCCCAUCCUGCAUCCUGCCCCCAAACCCCCGUCCCAGACCCCAAUCCCUGCUCCCAACCCCGCCCCUGCUGCGCUGCCCCCCAAAUCCCACCCCCCAAUUCCACCUCC